AUGUCACAUCCAGCAGCAUACCUUGCCUACACUGCACCUAUCAAUCCGGAUGGUGCAACUCCGGUCCUAUCCAAAGACCAAGUAUGGCAAGGUCUACAGCGCAAAGUAAGACAAGCUCAGGUCUUCGUGCCCAACGCCAUCAAGUCUACCCAAGUCCUCUCAGAAGAGAAGGACGAGCAUGGACGCGAAGUGGUCAAGCGCGAAGUCAUCUUCAUUGAAAAUGAUCGCAAAGCAAGGGAGUCUUGUGUCUUUUUCCCACAGAUGAAAGUCGAGGCGCACAAGUUUAUACAAUCAGAUGGCACGAAGGUGCUAAAUACGAUUUCUGAUGGUGCUGGCGGACAACUAUACAUGACGUAUCAAUUCGAGUGGUUCAUGGCAGAAGACACACCAGUAGAGAAGCAGCAAGAGAAUAUCAAGAAGUGGGAAGCGAUGUCAAAGACUGCGGUAGAGUCGAGUAUUGACAAGAUUAGAGAGCUGGUGGUGGGUGGGAAGCUUUAG